AUGAGCGACGAGCAUCCAAAUGGCUUUGGACGGCCAUUCUUCAUUGUAACAUGGGUCGAAUUUGGUUUGGCGAUCAUCUUCAUGAUCGCUCGAUGCGUUGCUGCGUCCAAACUAAUUCAUAAUGUGGCGAAAGACCUGUAUCUGGCGAUAGCUACAUUUGUUCUGGGAGCUGCAAGCAUGGCGAUGAUCACUGUCGGAGCUACAUACGGGCUUGGCCUUCCGCAGGACAUGCUAACUUUCAACGAGAGCAAGAUGGCACUACUCUAUGGCUGGGUUAACCAGUUAAUUGCCCUCGUUGCGAUUGGAUUGGGGAAGCUUGUCAUUGUCGCGUUUCUCGAACAAGUCCAAGGCUAUCAAACCAAAGCCAGAAGCAUAUUUCUCUGGUCUUUGGCGGGCAGCAACCUCGUCGUGAACUGUGUCGCUGCCAUCCUCAUGAUGCUUCAAUGCUCGCCGAGGAGGAUGCUGUGGGAGGCCUAUACUAAGGAGUACUGUCCUUAUCGCAGCCGUAUACAGAUAUUCGGUUAUAUUCAAGGGCCUUGGUCUGCUGUUUGCGACUUUGCGCUCGCGUUAUAUCCAGUUUCUUUCCUUGCACGGGUCCACGCUUUCUCGAUAGCGACCCGGAUUGGCCUCUGCGUACUGAUGGGAUUUGGCGUCGUGGCAGGGGCAUGUGCAAUAGUAAAAACUGUUCAAUUGACUGUUCUGACGAAAAUUGAAGAUCCGAGCCAACAGAUCGGAACAGUCAUUGUUUGGAAUCAAACCGAAAUGUGGGUCGUAUUCAUUGUCAGCUGUAUACCACCUACGAAAGUGUUCUUCAAGCAUGUAUAUCGCCGAAGUUCUAUCCGGCUAGGCUCAUUUGUGGACCAUAUGCGGCCCCGGGAACAUGAGACGAAGCAGAAUGAGUCGUUGCAAUCUAGCUGUUAAGGCCGGUAAAUACGAG